CUUUUCGCUAUGGAGGCCAUGGUGUCCAAGGCUACAUACUUCAAAGCCACAGGGACACUUAUAUAUGUUAGUUGUUAUAAUAAAAACAUCCCUAACAAUGUGCAUCCUCCGCGAAGGAAUUUGCAAUACGACUAUCAUAACAAUGAAAUUACUGCAAGAGUCAACUAUCUGUAACUAUGAUCAUUGUGUAUCAAAUUAUCUUACCCCUCCAAGGCAAUUUUAUAAAACAAGGCAUUUUCAUCAAGCGGCUUAUUGUAUCUUUUGAUUCGGAGUCAUGUCUGACAGUCUAGAAUUUAUUCUUGUGUUCGGAAUUUUACUGUCUUCAACCGAAUCCAAUCCUAUUACGAAUACCAAUUUCAACGAACACAUCAGGGAAUAUUCUUUGAAGGAUAAUAAUUCUACUAAUGCUAAGGCAUUGCAUAAAGAGGGGUUAGGACAGUAUGCUAAUUUUGCUCGAAAUAAUCCUGGAAGCAUUAAGUUCUCUGAUAAUGCCAUAGCUGCCUCGAGUUACAGCAGAGGUUUCUCACAUCAUGAAUAUCCAGGUAAUGGAAUAUAUGAUCACGAAGAAACUCCAUAUUAUUACGGUCAAGAACACCAUAGGCCAGUUGAUCAUGGGAUCCAUGGCUUUGAGCAUGAUUACCAUGAAUCACAUGGUCAUCCUAACCACGGUCAUCAUGUUGGACAUUAUCAUCAGUCAUUAGCAGCAAAAGCAGUUUUGUGGCCGUUAGCAGGGAUUGCCCUCCUAGGGGCAGCUGCUGCCCUGGUUUCCAACCCAGUUUUACUUCAACUUGGGGUGGCUACUGGUAAAAGAAGACGACGAGAUGCAGAUAGAGAGCCCGACGUGUCUUUAGAUUGGAUACAAAAUACUCCUGAAACGUGUGUCGAAGAAUCAUGUAUUGAAACUAAAUCAGUACAACCUAGCCAAAUGCCUAGCAAAAGAGUUAAGAAAAAAAGGAAAAAUAACAUUGAAAGGGAUGUAGACUACAUACGAAUACCGAUUCAAACAAAUUAAAUGAUAAUUACAUACAUAGUGACAACUUAUUAACGUAACAAGAAAAACAUCGAAUUAAACCUUUGACUAUUUAAAAUUGUUU